UCUAAACAUAAAUUAUUUGAACAUGGAAAACGUAGAAUAAGAAAAUUUUAAUAUAUUGACGUAAAAGCAAUAACAUACUAAUAUUUACUUUUGUUGAUUGCUAUGUUUGAACAUUAUAAUUGAAUGAACAGUGAUCAUCAAUGACUUUCAAGAAACUCUUUCCGCCAUUUUAAACAUGUAUCACGUGAUAUAUCUAAAUUUUUACUUAUAUAUACGGUCAGUAAUCUUUCAUGAUUCCAAGAAAUGCAUUUGAGGAAUUCCCAUAAAUGUAAUAACUACGUCAACUAACUGUAGUAGUAACUAAGAAAAAAAUGUGUUCUUGCAAUAUGCAUCUUUGCACAUUGUCGUUGAGAAACGAGUGAUAAACGAAAGUGACUUUUAUUUGAUUACAACAUAUAUUAUUAAUCGUAAUUAAUAGCUUGUCAUACAUAUAUGCAUAAAAUGGCACAAUCUGAAAAGAAUCUUGCGAAUACGUAUUUAAAUAUUGAAGAAAUCAUCGAAGUAAAUAAAGCGAAUAAAUAUCUUUGCCGCGUUUGCAAUAAAAUUAUCCCUGAAAAGCAUUUAACAGCAGAACAUGUUAACAAGGAGAGUCAUAUUAAAGCAAUGGAAAUGCUCAUAAAAUAUUUUGAAGUAACAAAAAAAAUUACGAUAAAAUGUAAGAUUUGUCAAGUUACAGGUACUUGGGAAUUGAUAACACAUCAUGUAAAAGCACAUAAAUUAACCCCUUGGUACAAACCUAAGGAUAAAUAUAAAUGGUAUUUCGAAAAUUUUCUAAUAAUUCAUAAGGGUCAACUUUAUUGUUCUUUAUGUACAGUUAUAUAUGAACCAUUCUCUUGGGACGAUAUUUUUGUUCAUAUAAAUGAUAAAAAACAUACUACUUUUAUGUCUUUAAUUAAUAAUAUAGAUGAUGUAUUUUUAAACAAUCCAAAAAUAUUAAAUGAAUAUGAAAGAUUUGUAUCUAAUUGCAUAAUAUAUUUAGAAAGUAAGCUCUUUUAUUGUUUCAUAUGUCAAAGAAAAAUAUCAGGUUGGAUUGAAAAUCUUAAUGAGCAUAUCAACGGCAAAUACCACUGUCAACAAGAAUUAACAUUCACACUUAAGAAUAUAAUUCCACUUAAAAAAACAGUACCAAUUGAAAAUUGUUCAUUUAAAAUACCUGAAGAGUUAAUUCGGAUAAUUAAAACUGAUGAAAUUUAUGUUUUCAUCAAUGGCUUAUAUUGCAAUAAAUGUGAUGUUAUUAUGAUUAAUGAAGGCUCUAUAAAAAGCCACUUAGAUCGACAUGUACGUUUAAGACAUAAAUUUGCAAACCAAAAUGAAACAAGAGCAGCUCCAACGAAAAUUAUACAUUUGACAAGCACAAGUAAUCAUUCGGAUAGAAAUAUUUCAAAUAAAGGAAAAAAGAUACAAAGUCCUGGAUCUUCACAGACUAUAGCAUUUAAUAAAACAAAAAUUGUAAACAAAUUAAAAAAUACCAUUUUACAAAAUAAUAAAUUGAUGAAUGAAACACUUCAAGAUAAACAUAUACAGCCUAUUGUAGAAUUAUCAAAACAAAAAAAUAAAAAAGAAUUUUGUAGUUUUGACACUGAAUGUAUUUUUUUUACAGCAAAAGAAAUUAAAUCAAGCGUGUAUUUAUCUAUAUUCAAAGAAAAUAAUAACAUCUAUUGUAUAGUUUGUCAAAAAGAUAUAUCUAGUAAUUUUCAAAUGUAUUAUGAUCAUAUUUUUUCUACUGAACAUCUUAUACGUCUAAUUGACAUAAAUAUUAAAAAAGAUCACAAAGAGUUCAUUAUAUUUGCUUCUAUUAAUGAAGACAAUAAAGAUAGUAUUGACAAAUUUGUAACUUGUAUGCUAUGUAAUACUGAGAUAAGAAAUAUUGACGAAUCAUUAUCAAAACAUAUUAAGUUGAAAGAUCAUGCAUCAUAUUAUUGCAAAUGGAAAAGAACAUGCUUAAAAUUUUAUAAUGAUAUUUUGACAUUUAUAAAAUAUAAUUGGUAUUACACUACUAAGUAUUAUUGCGAUAUUUGUUUAAUAGAAUUUUCUUCAGAAAUAUGUUUUGCCAAACAUAUAAAUAAGAAUGUUAUACAUUUGAAUUCAAGCAAUGCUAAUUACCAUUCGUGUGUUCCAUGUUCACUUCUGUGGUAUGGCAAUAAUUUAUCUUAUUCUAACCACAGUAAAACGCCAGAACAUCAAUUUAUGAUUUCGUAUGGAACUUGUCUCACAAAUAAAUUUCCACCCGAAGCAGAAAGAUUUUUGAUCUCAGUUGAAGAGAAUGUUGAAGAAUUAUUAAAGUUUUCUUAUAUCGCAGAUAAAAGCAAAGAAAAUGAAAUAUUGACACGCUUGAAAAAUGAUACAGUAUCAACUUUUAAUGUGGUGAAAGCUUAUGCAUAUGGAUCUAGAAUUUGUGGUUCAGGGCUUCCAGAUAGUGAUAUUAAUAUAUUUCUUGACUGCUUGAAUACAUAUAAUGGGAGAAGUGUAUGUAAAAAAGAUUAUUCACUUGAAGCCACAGUUGAAACAAUUGAUAGUAUCCUCUCAUCAAAGCCAUCAGUUUGGUAUGUAAAUGAGAUUAUAUUGGAUGACAGAAAAACUGUUAUGAAAGUAUGGUAUAUACCAAUGCAAUUACAUUGCACAAUUUCGUUUAAAAAUGGUCUUGAUGUGGAAAGUACAAAUUUAAUCAAACAUUUCAAUGAGAUUUACUUACCAUGCCGUAAAUUAAUCUUGGUUUUGAAAAAAUGGUUGUCAUUUUGCGGUCUAUCAGGAUUUCCUUGUAUAAGUAAUUAUGCAUUAACGUGGUGUAUUAUUUUCUAUUUACAAAUAAUGUUGAUAUUGCCAAGUGUUACCGAACUCAUUCAAGAUAAUAAUGAAUCAAAAUUUAUAGAUGGCUGGCAAACAGGAGUAUCAUAUAAAUUUAGUGCUAGAGAGACUUCAGAAUUUCCUUUCAUAAAGCUUCUUUUGGGAUUUUUUAUAUUCUAUGCAGAUUUUGAUUACAGAUGCAAAAUAAUUUGCCCAUUACUAGGGAAGACAAUAGAAAGGAAAAUAUUUACAGAUUUAACUUUAUUACCAAAUGAUAUGGCACCAUAUGUUCAAUAUCUUAAAAAUACAAAAAAUCCAAAAUUGUUUUGUCUAUCGCCUAUGUGUGUACAGGAUCCAUUUAAUUUAUCUGAUAAUCUUACUGCAAUGGUAAAAAAAAGUACCUUAAAUAAUUUCAGAAUAUUUUGUAGUAAAAGUGCAGAAAUAUUAACAGAUUCAUCUUAAUCACUUAUACUACACAUUAUACAAUAAUAAUUUAUUUUUUCAAAUUUACUGUUUUAUUUAUAUUUUGUAUUUACACAGCUUUAUUUUUUUUUAACGAUAUG